UUGUGACACAGGCUUAUCUUAUCUUGUCGCACCUGCACCUAGGUUUGGUUGAAAUAGAAGAGCACCUUUACAUCUGUGAACACUUCAAGAUGGUUACAGCAAUAGUUGUGUUGGGGCUCUGCGCUGCAGUGGUACAAGGUGUCCCUUUAAAGCGACAGUUGGGGAUCUGUAUUCAGGGGUGUACACAUGUCGGCGUUGGAACCUCCAAUGGUUGCCCAGAUGGUCAGACCUGCCGGAAUAUGGAUGGGUGUGAUCACUGGUGUCAACCCAUCUGUAUUGAUACGUGCUCGCCCCCGGGAAUUGGCGAGCUGGACCCUUGUCCUGCAGGAAAAAACUGCACGUUUAAUGGCUGCGGGUAUAUGUGUUUGAGUGUGGUGCUCAAAGGAAGAAGCAUCGCGGAACCAAAGUGCCCCCCGGUGCUGUGUGAGAUGUACUGUUCUAACGGGUUCGCUACUGGAGCGGAUGGCUGCCCAAUGUGCAGCUGCAACAGUAAUGCACUCCCUGUGGACCUGCAGAAGCUGUUUGGGACCCUCGGCUAGAUGAUGUGAAUGCAGACAGGUUGAAAUAAAAUAUUAGCUUUUGAAACAGUGAA